UCAUGUCCUUUUCACAUCUGACAUGUGAUUUUUAAAGUUCAGAACACAUCAAGACGUUACGUUGGGUAAGGUCAAAACCCGUAAUAUUAACAUCAAGAUGAGGAAUUAAAACAAAUUACCUGCCAAACAACUAGAAAUAGUUUGAAAUCCAUUUCGGUGAUAUAUUCAUGUCAAAUUAAACAGUUUAGGUGUAACAGGGAACCCAAAAAGUCUCAUUUUGGACCUCACAUUUCUGGAAUGACCCAUAUUUGGUUAGUUGUAUUGAAAAGUGCAUGUAUUUAAAAAAAUUAAAAUUACCCAUGCUUUCCCAGACAACCAAGGGUGCUAUUGCUAUGAAAUCGUCUAGGGAAAACGUGGUUCAGUGCACCUGUAAGCUUGGAAGCUGGUGGAGGCCAACCCCGAAGACUGUGGCAAUGGUAGGAUCGUUAAUUUUCUCAUGAGUUGCUGUUCUUGGAGGACCUGCUGAUACAAUUAAGCUCUCAUUCACCAUGCAUUCAACAUCACUGCUCUUGCCACCAUUCUUUCCUGCACACAUGGAGGCAUUUGGUGGCAAGUAGAGGAAUUCAAACGCCAGGGUAAUGCAAUUAUCCACCAAGACCCAAGAAGGGCUAUCCACAUCUACUCUAUGGCAUUGGGUAUUGACGAUGAUCCUACGCACCCCUUCAAUUUUCUGACGCCACGAGAGAGGGCAAUUCUGUACAGCAACCGGUGUGUGGCAUUUGUGAAAAUAUCGGAUCUUGGACAAGCUUUUGCAGAUGCCAUGGCAUGCAUCAGAGUGGACUGCACUUUCCCAAAGGGUUACUGGCGGGCUGCCUCAGUGCUGAAGCAAAUGGGUAGAGAGGAGAAGGCUUUGGAGACCCUGAUCACGCAUUACCCCACGAUUUGUGGCAGUGAUGGCAAAGCAUUUUACAACCGUGUUGACUUUGUAUAUGAGAUCACAAUCCUAACUGAUCAGCUUUGGGAUAAAUGGCGAGAAUCACAGCCUCUCUUCAGGCAUCUGGAUGUCCACACAUCUAUCUGGACUGAAGUUGUGCAGCGUUUGGCCAAGAACAAGAAAUAUCACGGUUUGCACUUGGUAUUCCUUCAAGGUUGUACUCAACCGGGUAAGCCGUAUGAUAUUGGGAAAGGUGGUGUGGCCACAGGCUGUAACACCUCAGAUCUUGACCUCCAGACCACAGUUUGUGAUCUUUCCAGUGCUAACAACAGUUGGAGCAUGCCCCUGGUACUGGAGCUGCUCAAACAUGGAUCAAAGGUCGAGGGUCUCAGCCAGAAGGAAGGGGACACGCCCCUGCACUGUGCAGUUGAGAAUGCACUUAAAACUGGAUGGGUGGACCUUCUGGAGUACCUCCUCAGUAAAGUUUUCACAAUGAGCGAGCAGCGGAAUCUGCCAGACCACUUUGGGGAUUCCCUCUUCCACCUGGUGGCCAAGACAACUGGCCCAUACUGUCACGCCAAGACGGUCGUUGACGUCCUAUGGAAGUACAGAGUGGACCCCUCCAGGAAGGACCAGCAGGGAUGCAUGCCUUUGGACGUUGUGCCCAUGAGCAGCCCACACUUCACCAAGAUACAUAAAUUGCUGACUGAGACUGCGGAACAGUUUAUGGGGCAGAACCAGCAGCUUUUCCAGCAACAGAAGCCCAACUGCAAACAGGAAGAGAUGAUGGAGCAGAUGCAGAAGGAGGAACAGCUGAUGCAGGAGCGGCUCAGGAAAGAACAGGAACGGAGACAGCAGGAAGAGUUGGAGGCAAGAAGGCAACAGCUGCUGGAGGAACAGCAGAGGCAAGAGAAGGAAGAGCAGGAACAACAGAAGAGAAUACAGGAGGAGAAGAGACAGAAGGAGGAGGAACGCCUGGAGAAAUUGCGCCGGCAGCAGGAAGAGAAGAAGAAGGAGAUCCAGAAGAAAAAAGAAGAGAAGGAGAUGCAGAAAAAGAGGGAGACCGAGGUCAAUCUUCGCAUCUAUCAUAAAGGCUUGACAUUCCAGAAGCAAGGCAAGCACUACCAGGCCGUACCACUGUUCCUGGAGUUCAUCAGCAAGGAGCACAAAAAUGUGGUGAUUUACCAGGAUUUGAAUCGCUGCAAGGAUGCUUUGGUGGAGUCAUUGGAACAUUGCCAAAAGAUUCCAAACUCUAUCAAGUUCAAGCCUCCACGGACCUACUGGAACAUGAUGGUGCAAGAGUUGGCCAACAAAAGCAAGUGGUGGAGCAUGUUCCUGCUGCUGGUGGGACAGAGUUACCGCACCAACCAGAACAGCAAGGGUAUUGCCCACGGCUGCGAUGCUUCAGGGGUGUCCAUAGUGGCGUUCCUUAGCCAGUGGAAGGGUUUGGACAUGGACCCAGAUCAGCUGACCAUGGUGAAAGCCCUGCUCAAGAAUAAGGCCAAGCCAGAUGGCCUGCUGAAUGACGCUAUAACCCCAUUAGCCCACUGUCUGAAGACAGAGAACUACGAGUUGGUCAACCUGCUACUGACACACGGAGCAUCACCCAAGCUGCUUGUCAUGGACCAUGGUGAUACCCCACUCCACUCUGCUUUGAAGAUCGGCUUCAAACAGAAAGAUCGCAAGUUCACUAUACUGGAAUUACUCCUGACCAAGUAUUCUAGGAAGCCCAAGUCCACGACCUACCUGGACAAAAAUGCCAAGGAUGGUGCAGGGAACACCUUGUUCCACCUGGCCCUGACAUGUAAACCCCAGAACCUUUCGUUCAGUGCCGUCCAGAUCUUGACCCAGCACAAGGUCAACCCAUGCAUUCAGAACAAUGAAGGCAUGGUGCCACUUAAAAUGGUAACUGAUAAAGAUCGGCGACACAAAUACCUAGCGGAGGCUGAGAAGUACUACAACAUGGGAAGCAAGUCCGUUCCCAGUGUAUCCAGAGGGGUUGAUCAGCACAGCUCAUCGGAUGGUACUCCUGCCCCUGGAGUCCCAGACAAUUGGUCAAAGGCAGAUGGGGAAUCCAGACAGCAGGCCCAUCACAACCAAUCAAAGAAGGCAAGACCGACCGAGAAAAAGUCCCAGAGGGAAAAGCUGCAAGAAGAGGUAGAGCAGCUGAUCAGUGCCAUGCCCAAGUUUAUCCCAAAUGAGGCUAAAAAGGAAAUAAGGCCAGCAGCAGAAACCAGUGUUGGGCCAGAUACUACACUACAAAGAACUGAACCACAGCAAGCUGAGGAAGUUCCACAAGAAGUCAACAGUAAAGGAGGAAAGCCUGAUGAAAGAGAUAAGGACAUGGGCAGUGAGGAGGAGGAGGAAGAUGAGGAAAUGGAGGCCAUCGAUGCAACCAUCUUUGAUAACCUUGCUUGGGAGGUGGAGUGCACUGCAAAGGUUUGGAAGUUCCUGCAUGACAGGCAGGUCCCCAAUAAGCUGAAGGAGACAGCCAUCCGCAAGAUCCAGAUGCUGGGCAGUGGGGACUGGCGAGGGCGGCUCUGCAAACCCCUGGAGGGACCGCCCAAGCAGCACAACAUGAAGCUGUACGAGGCCCGGCUGACCAAAGGGGGGCGCAUCCUGUGGGAAGUGGCCAUUGCAUUCUCACCCCGCUGCAGCGAAGAGUCAGAAAAAAGACUGGCAUCAGUAGCUGGAGGAACAGUUUACUCGGAGAUCAUCCGAAUAUGGGACAUUGUAACAGACCACAAAAAGCUGAUUCAUGCCAUCAAUGUCAUUGUGAAGUCUGUGGAGCGCGGAGAGGAGUGUAUCAUCCGCAAGAACCUGGUUGGAUUCAGCAAGAAGUCCACAACAGAAGCCACAAUGGGAAAUCGACUGCCAACCUACUUCCACGAGAUCACCAACAACUCCUCAAAGCACAGCUCCAAGCCCCCUGACAAUGCAAAGAAGAUCACCAAGCCCUACUUCCCUCCAGCCAGCUCCCGGGAGAAUGAGUACCACAUCAUGAAGUUCUACUCGGUCAACUCCACGCUGGUCAAUGCCAUGCUGAAUGACAACGACGUCAAGGUGGACUUCCCGUUCUGUGUGACGGAGCUGGAGCAUGCCAUUAUCAACCUGCAGCCUCGGCCCGCCUCUUCCAUCCUACUGCUGGGCAGGAGUGGAACAGGUAAGACCACAUGUUGCCUGUACCGCAUGUGGACCAAAUUCUUCAAAUAUUGGCAGCAGGUUUCCAUGACGGGAGAACCACUGAUCCCGAGGGACAUUGCCUUCAUACACCAGGACAAGCCAGAUGAAGACCCAGAUAAAAGUGCCCCUGAACCCGAAAGCAGCAGUGCAUCUAACAUUACGAGCAGGGCUGAGAGCUGCUCAGCUUGGUGCAAUUACUCUUGUGAUUCAAAGAGUGGCGAAGGUCCCCGUAGCAGUACUGGCGAUGCAGAUGGCAAGACAGUCAUGGACCAUCUGCACCAGAUCUUCAUCACCAAGAAUAAAGUGCUGUGCAGAGAGGUGCAGCGUAACUUCUGCGAAAUGAGCCACGCCUGCGAGUUUGCCGCUGAGCCCCUGGCCCAGCAGGACACACCCAUCCCCGACCGGUUCCAGGAUGCCCACCAAGCCCGGUUCCCACUGUUCCUAACUCCACACCAGUUCCUGCUGAUCCUGGACGCCUCCUUGCCUAAUCCAUAUUUCCCCCGAGAAGCAAAUGGAACAUUGAAAAGGAAGAUUCAAGGAUGGGAUAAUGAGGAUGGACUUUUGACCUCCACUCUCCUGAUGGAGGAAGAAGACGAGGAAGAUGAAGAUGAUGCCUCUGUCCCUCCUGAUGAUGAGAUUAAAGCACAAGGGCUUGGCGCUGGUGUUGCCUACCCUCACAGGCCAAGAAAGGAACAGCAAGGGGCCAGAUGUGGUGCCAGUGGUGCCCAAUAUGACCCGCGACGUGAAGUCACCUACGAGGUCUUUGCCUUUGAGCUCUGGCCCCGCAUCAACAAGAAGAAGUUGCUGUACCACCCCACGCUGGUCUGGAUGGAGAUUACAUCCUUCAUUAAGGGAUCAGUUGAAGCGCUUCACACAGACUCUGGCCACCUAUCUCUCGAAAGCUACCUCGCACUCGGCCAAAAGAGGGCCUCCAAUUUCACCGCCAACAGAGAAGAGAUCUACAAUCUCUUCAAAACCUAUGAGCACCUCAAGAGCCAGAAGGGUCUCUUUGAUGAGGGAGACCUAGUGUUCCACAUCUACCGUCGGCUGCAGCAUGUCCAGAUGCUUAACUGGGUGCUGCAUGAGAUCUACGUGGAUGAGACACAGGACUUCACACAGGCAGAGCUUGCACUCCUAAUAAGAUGUGCACAUGACCCUAACUCACUCUUUCUGACUGGAGACACUGCGCAGAGCAUCAUGCGUGGUGUGGCAUUCCGCUUCGAUGAUCUGAAAUCCCUCUUUCACUACGCCAGCAAAUCCGUCAAGGCCCUGGGCAAGCACUCAGCUGUGACUGUGCCAAAAAAAGUUUACCAACUUACACACAACUACAGGUCACAUGCUGGGAUCCUGAAGCUGGCCUCCACUAUCGUGGACCUGAUGACCCACUUCUUCCCAAACUCCUUUGACCAUCUGGAGCGGGACCAGGGCCUGUUCCACGGCCCUUCCCCAGUGCUGCUGGAGUCCUGCAGCUUCAGUGAUUUGGCUCUGCUGCUGCGUGGUAGCAAGAGGAAGACAUCCAAGAUUGAGUUUGGAGCUCACCAGGUAAUCCUGGUCACCAAUGAAGAAGCCAUCAAGAGACUGCCGGCAGAGCUUCGCCUCGGUCUGGUCAUGACCAUCUGCGAGGCCAAAGGGUUGGAGUUUGAUGAUGUCCUGCUCUACAACUUCUUCAAGGAUUCCCCAGCUGAGUGGCGAGUUAUCACAGGCUACACGAAUGAGUUGAUUGAUCAACAACGCUGCCAAUCUGCAAAGCAACAGAAAGGCUUAAAGGAAAUCGAAGUAGAGAGUUUGACCUCCACCAGUCGGCCACGCCCCCUGAAAUUCGACCCUGAUGAGCACAAGGUUAGAAUCAUAACAGGUCAUAAUUAAUAUAAAAAGUUGCAGAUGUCAGAACAAUUUCUUACACUUAAAAAUUUGUUUCACAUUAAUUUGUAUCUCCCUGCUCUGAGUAAACAAAGGACAAAUUAUUUUUUGUUGCCUGUAUCCCACAUUUGCACACCGCAUAUCUUGUAAAGUGUAUAACAUUUUGAGUAAUGUCUCCAAAACUAUGUGUUGGUCCCUUCUGUAACAAUGGCAGGCAGCUAUUGAUGACUAAAAUAAAACAAUAUGAAAUUUAGAAUGACCCUGCAAGUGCACAUACUUGCAUUUUUUAAAGUUGUGCAGAAGUCAGAUCACCAUACAAAAAGGAAAAAAAACAAAUUUGCAAGUGUUUUGAAUUGUGAUACAUGUUGCGGAAUCUGCAUUGAGAAGAAAUUUACAAACAUCCAAGAUUCACAAAUAUCCACAAGAUACAGGUACCCCCAAAUCAACAAAAUGAGCUUGAAAAAGUUUUGGCCAAUUUCAGAUUGCAUAUCUCCCUGAUAUAAUUAUUUAUUUUCUAGAUAAAAAGCACAUCCCCAGCUGUUCUCCAAUUGAUUAGAUAUUACAGCACCCCUUAUUUAAAGUAUGUUUUUUAUAGAGUGCCCAAAACAUUAAGUCCAGGAUGCAUUAAAUGGAAUAGUCUCUUACACAAAGUUCUGAAGUUUUGAUUGGGGACUUUUGUUAAAGAAAGCAGUACAUCGGCGCAAAUGAAGUGCCGGCAUAGAUCGGACACUUUUGCAAAAACACAGAGUAUGCCCAAUGGAGAAUUACUCUUUACUCAACUGCUAAAAUGGGAGCCCUGAGAACCUCAGAUGAAUACAUAAAUGGGGAAAAUACCCAUAUCUAAAGAGGAAUUUGAGAACUAACUGGCAGACUUUUUUCCAAGAUUUUGAUCAUGUUACGGUUUUGGAUUGCCAAUUAAUUUGGGGACGACUUCACGUCAUUGUGGGGGGGGGAAUUGCUAACUCCUGGCUCUCCCAUGUCCUUGCACUCUGAUAUGAACCAGCCAGUGUAUCAUGUAUGCAUGCAUGCCAUAUGCUUCUACAACGCUGCAUGUGCACUGCAAGUUGCUUCAUGUUUGAGGGAAAAGCAGCAUUUGACUAGUAUAUUAAGACUAUUUUAUUUGACUCCACAUACUAGCCUCAUACAAACAACUAUUUACAAUAAAAUGUAUACACUUUCAGCUGGCAUUGUUUACGCAUGUUAUUCUGUAAGGGCUCGAUGUGCAUGGCCUUCCAUCCUCAGAUUAUGUGGGAUGUUGCAGGUCUUCUGCUUUGUCUUUUUGACAUCUUCGAGUUUAUUGAGUUUUC